AUGGAUUUCACAGAGGUGAUUUUAUCCUUCGACAGUUCUUCUGCAGAAGAUUGCAUUUUGCAAUACCACGAUUAUAUAAUUCCACAAGAUGGUUUGUUCUGCAAUUGGACUUGGGACUCCUUACUAUGUUGGCCACCAACAAAGGCCAAUUCUGGCAUCAAACAAAAAUGUUCCCUGGUCAAGGGCCAACGUGGAUUGGACCCAACACAAUUUGCUACGAGAUUUUGCACCCCCGAAGGCAAAUGGGCGGGUAGACCGACGGCUGGUGGAAAUUUCUCAAGCGGAAAUUUUUCAUCAAAUCCGAGAGGAUGGACAAAUUAUUCCGAAUGUUACAUGCCAGAAGUUAGAGACAUUUGGAGAAAAUUGGGAACAUCCGUAGAGGGGUUUAAGAAACAACAGGACCAGAAUCCACAAAAACCUUUUUUCGGCCAUGGUCACACAAGUUUUGGUUCGAUUAGUUUUAUAUUUGGACCAGGCCAUAGUGCGGGGGCUGAAAGUGGGUUCUUCGAAUUCUGA